AGAGCAAUGUCCCGUGGGUUUGUGAUUGGGCAAUCGUCGGUGGGAAGGAUUUUGAUUGGUGGUGCACAAGAUCCUAUCACGUGGUUUUAGAACUGCAUUUAUACAUAAAUUUUCAAAUUUUUGGAUUAUUGCACAUCUCGGAUUGUAGCUGUCUGUUGUUAGUUCCGUACGCUGUAGAUUACAAGAUGUCUGGACGUGGUAAGGGAGGAAAGGCAAGAGCAAAGGGAAAGAGCAGAUCAUCCCGUGCUGGACUUCAGUUCCCCGUGGGCAGAAUCCACCGUCUUCUCCGCAAGGGUAACUAUGCUCAGCGUGUAGGAGCCGGUGCCCCGGUCUACCUGGCUGCCGUGCUCGAGUAUCUGGCCGCCGAGGUCCUCGAGUUGGCGGGAAAUGCAGCCCGUGACAACAAAAAAUCAAGAAUUGUCCCCCGUCACUUGCAGUUGGCUGUCCGCAACGACGAGGAGUUGAACAAGCUGUUGGGAGGUGUCACCAUUGCCCAAGGUGGUGUUCUGCCAAAUAUCCAAGCCGUUCUUCUGCCCAAGAAGAGUGCAGCUGCCAAGGCCGUUGGUGGCAAGAAGUCCUCACAGAGCCAGGAAUAUUAGACGCUUUAGUCCAUUUCACAACGGCCCUUUUCAGGGCCACCCUCAUUUUCCAAGUAAAGCUAAUACCAAUGUGUUAAUUUAAUUUCAGUCGGAAUAAAUGUACAUUGGCAUCAAUUGCUUUAUCAAGUUCUACAACAUAAGUAUUGGAAUAGUAUUCAUAUCCUACAAAUAACUGAACCAUGUUGUUGUAAUAACCCUUUGAGAAUGCAUAAAUAUUACAGUAUGUAUUUUUUAAUUGUAUCACCAUGAUUAAAAAUAGAUUACAAUUGUGAUCAAGGGUGUUUAGUAAUUCGAGGAAUAAGUGUCUCAGAACAGGGAGAAUUGAUAGAAAAAUGAUGUGAAAUAUAGUAUUUGGCUCUUUCAUGCAGCCGAGUAAGAUGUCCCCUCACUUAUUGAUACAUCCAGUGAUCAUGGUGCACUUACAUGACCUCAAUUGUCAUUUUAUUUGAGAGGUCUAGGAAUUUUCUUAUAAUUGUGAAAGCAAAGAAAACCAUUUUAAGUUGAAUGCCAAAGUGAUUUAUAUGAAUAGCUUAGAAAUUGAUUGCACCACGUGACAGAUAUUGAAAAAUGUCCUGAAACAAAGAUUUACAAGUUGAGAAAAGGAUGUGGAUACAACAUUUUGGAGUCCUAAAGAAGGAAACUGAACCUGGAAAUAUUUAUCUGAACAAGAAGUUGGAAACUUGGCAACUUCUUGGUCUUAACAAUGUUACCCUCCAUCAGUGGCAUUUGAAAGGGGACAAGGGGCUAUACUGUUUGAUUACCCUGCUUUUGUCAAAAGUACUGAGUCACCCUGGCUCCUUGCUGAGAUAAUAAUGCCUUCUUAGGUGCCCCCAGCAAUAGUUGUCUGAAUCAGUUAGUCAAGGUAUUUGAAGUGGAUCAAAAAUAAUGAUGCCAAUUUUUGGCAAGUGAGUAUAAGCAGGUUUAUCAGCCAUUAAGUGCAGAAUUCAUCAAAACUGGUAUUUCUGGUUUUAAAGUAUUGAUGUGAAAUUUAAUUGGCUGUAUUAACGAAGGACUUAGGAGGGCAUAAAAAAUAUAGAGGAGGCUUUGGAUUUUUGGUUAGGGCUGAGGCAUUUUAAACUUUUUAACUUAAAAUAAAGACCAUACUGAUUUUGGGUUUAGCUUUUUUAGCAAGACGGGUGCAUGUCGGUAGCUUACUAUUCAAGGGGGUUGAACUCCCAAGAUGGAAGUGUAUCGAGUUCAUUGAUUACCCUGAAAUUAUCUUUCACACACAGCACACAAUUAAUGUGAAACAAGUAACUUUUUUUUGUCCCAAAUGUGCCCAUGAACUAGAGCAGUGUUGCAACAUUGAGGUGAUCGCAACAAACUGUAGGAUUACAGAAAAGAAAAGUGAAUAAAUGUUUCAAUCAGUGAUACUUUUUCCAUGGGUUGUUUA